AUGGCUCAGGUACUCACAUCAGUCAUCCAGACGACAGGACCCAUUACAAUGCCCUACUCGCCGUCCGAUGCCUACAAAAACCCGCCCAACCACCCCAACCAACAACAACAGCGGGCCUCGCAGAUGCCGCGCAACCAGCAAAAUGGAAACUCGGGAGGCACUGGAUACAGGGGGACCGCCGCACCCAUAGCCCCGUAUGCCUUCAACAGCACGCCCCAGCUGCGCCAGGACAACAGGUCUGCCUCGACUCCAGCCCCCCAAACCCUGCAGCAGCCUCCCAGCCACGCCAACCAGACACGACUCGGCCACCCCUCUCACCCCUCCUCAUCCUCCGAUUCCACAGUCUCCACCUCUGGCUCGUCCAACCGCUCGUCGGCUGGGCCACCCACAGCUGCCAGAGAUGACCGCGACACCAAGAAACCUUACGACUCCGCUGCGCCCUCCAUCACGCUAUCCACCUCCAUACCCGAUCUCUCGCUUUCAAUAGGCGAUACGCCUGCCAAGCCCUCACCAGGACGAUACAGGCGAGGCGCUGGACGGACAGACUCGUCCAACAGCAUUCCGACCGGUGCCUCUACCCCGACGCAACGCUCUACAUCAGGAGGAAACUCCCAGAUGGGACCCACGCAGAAUGACGGCCCACAGCCAUUCAGGCCAGGGCACAACCGAGCGAACAGUGCAGAUGAUACGCAAGUUAUUCGCUCAGGCGGUAUAGACCCCGCUAAGCGAUAUAGAAGACGCAGUUUCAACGGACUGGAAGGAGACAACAACGUUACCUCCGCCAUGGCAUCAUUGCAGUCUCGCCCUGUGGUGAACACGCAGCGCAGCUAUGCCUCCGUAGCAGCAGGCGGUCCUUCCAAAGCACCUGAGCCUAACAGGCGGCAAGCUCCAUCUCCUCUGUCGCACCCGGUCUCCCCAUCAGAGCCUGCAAGCCCUGCGAAGGCACCUGUACUACCUAGCACAGCGAUGCAACACCUCAACGCUGUGAACGACAAGGACAAGGGAAUGAAGUCCCGGCUACGCAGGGCCUUUUCUUUUGGAAGCGCAGCUGAGCUUCGAAAGGCUUCUGCUGAGAAUAACAUCUCGGCAGAGCGUGCAAGAUUGAGGAAAGACAAGUACCAGAACGACGAGGAUGCCGAACAAGCGGCGAUUAUCGCAAAGCAAGAGGCGGCAGGUAUUGGCGCUGGCAUCUACUCAGGACAGGGUGGCAUAGGCUCUACUGACAACCUCUCAAUACAGUCAGCCGCGUCGUCUGCAUCGGUCAUGCUCCGCAAGAUGGGUCAUGGGAUGAAGAAGGGCACAAAAUCCAUCAAGGGCCUCUUCAGGCCAAAGUCGGUCAUUGGAGUCCCUGCCGCCGAUGGCCCUAUCACUAGACCCAGCGUGGGUCAGGUGUCUCUUGUCACCGUCGAGGCUGAGAGACAAAAGGUCAAUGUCAACGCAAACCCUCACGAGCAGAUCGGAGGCGGCACUGGCUAUCCUAGAUUGGAGCGCAAUUCGAUUGACGCCGGACGGUCCGCAGAGAUUGUAAACCCCUCUGCGUUGGGCAACGAGGCUAUGUCAAGGAAGAGCAUCGUUGGGUCCGAUCGCGAUCGUGCCGAGGUUCUUUCCUCGAUGAAGAAGGGCAUCCUAAAACGCACCGGUACAAACUCAGAUUCAGGUUCGCCUGUUCUGAAGCCCGUCGAUGCCGUCCCAAAUGUGGGCUCAUCAAGAUCUAGCUCCCCUGCUACGCCAAAAACAGAGGUUGGGCAAGCUCGCAACGAUGACUACUUCGGCAAACCACCGCGUAUUCCCAACGGCAGCACGAGGAGUCUUCCUACCACACCUCACGGAGGUCUUCGAAACAUCAGUUUUAGCCCACGUAUCCAAUUCCACGAUGCAUGGUCACCACAGGACUACGAUCGUAGAGGCGACAUCGCAACGUGUAAUAGGCUUACACCGAUGCUUGCGCAACAGAUCAAGGAGGAACUGAACUCCUUUAAGAUGGAGAUGGAAGUUCACGAGCUCUCGAAACCACACACCCAUUUCUUCUAA